AUGAAACCACCCACACGCGAAGAAAUAAAACGCAUAGUCGACAAAAUAAUUUCCUUCUUUAUCUAUCUAUCUAUCUAUCUAUCUAUUUAUGAAAUUCAGUGUGUUAAAAUGUCCAUAUUCUUUGUUUCAUUCUUUCUUUCUUUCCAUCUUUCUUUCUUUCCUUCUUUCUUUUUCUCUUUCUUUUUUUUACUUACUUUUUUUUUUUUUUUUUCUUCAUUUUUUCUUUUUUCUUUCUUUCAUUCUUUCUUUUUCUUUUUUUCUUUCUUUCUUUCUUUUUUUUCUUUCAAAUUUUUUUUUUUUUCUUUUUUUUUUUCAUUCUUUCAUUUUUUCUUUCUUUCAUUUAUUGAAGAACAAUUUUCUUUCUUUCCUUUCUUUCUUUCUUUUUUUUCUUUCUUUUUUUUUUUCUUUCUUUUUUUUCUUUUCAUUUAUUUUUCUUUCUUUCUUUCUUUUUUCUUUCUUUCUUUUUCUUUUUUCUUUCUUUUUUUUUUUUUUUUUUUUCUUUUCUUUUCUUUUUUUUUUCUUUUCUUUCAUUUAUUCUUUCUUCCUUUCAUUCUUUUUUUUUCAAGGAUUUUCAUUCUUUUCUUUUUCUUCUUUUCUUUAUUUCUUCAGAUUUUUUCUUCAAAAUUUUCAUUCUUUCUUUUCCAUCUUUCUUUCUUUUCUUCUUUCUUUUUCUCUUUGUUUUUCUCUUUCUUUCAUUUAUUCUUUCUUUCUCUCCCAAAUUAUUUCCCAUUAUUUAUUGUUUUACUUUUGCCUUCUCUUUUCUUCUAUCUUAAUGAAUCUCCAAUAUUCUUUCUUUCUUUCUUUCUUUCUUUCUUUCUUUCUUUCUUUCUUUCUUUCUUUCUUUACGAACUUUCCCAUUCUCAAAAAAUUGUUGAAAGUGGAACAAGAAAUUGUUUCUGUUCCUUUUGA